AUGGGGCGCCCAGCUUCCAAAACCCCGGCCUGGCACGGCGUGCCUGCCCCCAGCCUCUGCCACUCAGUCCCCUUUGUUCCGUGCCUCCCGAAGCUCCAGCGGGAGGCUCCCCGCAGGAAGCUCCAGCAGAACCCGGUCAUCCAGCAGCUGUACGACGACUUCCUGGAGAAGCCCAACUCGCACAAGGCCCACGAGCUGCUGCACACCUACUACUUGCCCUGCGGCCCCGAGAAGUUUGACAUCAACUCGCCGCCGGAGGAGCUGCCCCUGGCCACAUGCACCAUCGACCUGGGCCACGACGCCGUGUGCGACCAGGAGGUGCACCAUGAGGUGUGCAACAUGGACGACGGCAACCCCACCUCAGACUCCGACGCCCCGCCCGCGCCCACCGCGCUGCACGGCGAGUGA